AUGUAUGUGGACGUCGAGACCACGGCAAAGGAGCAUGGCCAGCUCCAGCAAAGGCUGUGGGAGAUCUCGCAGACAGAGCAAUCAACAGUCCUUCCCGAUGCUGCAAGUUUGGCGCGGGCAAGAAAGUCUCUCCCUCACUCCCUUGGUGAUAAUGGUAUGGGGUAUGACUAUGCGAGGCGUCACAUCCUGGAAGACAUCGUCCCGGCCUUCAACAACAGCAGCAUAAGCCCGCUUUACUACGGCUUCGUCACUGGAGGGAUUACGCCCGCUGCUCUUUUUGCUGAUGGGAUUGUUUCAGCCUAUGACCAAAAUGUCCAAGUGCAUCUUACGGAGCACACUAUAGCGACAGAUGUUGAGUAUACGACCUUGUGUUUGCUCGCAGAUCUUCUUCGACUAGGUCGCGAAUGGCACAAUGGCACUUUCACGACUGGGGCAACCGGAAGCAAUAUCUUAGGUCUAGCAUGCGGACGGGAGUAUGUUUUGCGGACCGCUCUUGCUAAGAAAGGGGUAACAACUAUCGAAAGUGUCGGAGAAUCCGGGCUGUUCGAGACCAUGCAAGCAGCGGGUCUUUCGGGGCUCCAGAUACUCUCGACAAUGCCACACUCGUCGCUUGCUAAGGCAGCCGGGAUAUUAGGAUUUGGUCGGGCCAAUGUUAAAGAUGUCUCUUUGAAAAACGAUCCUCUCCGCUUCAAUCUGGACUUGGUCGAAACGGAGCUACGCAACUCAAACAAGGCCACCAUUGUUGCUGUAUCGUGCGGCGAGGUCAAUACCGGGCAAUUCGCCACCAGUGGCCUGAAUGAUAUGCAAAAAUUGCGUACGCUUUGUGAUGAAUAUGGUGCCUGGCUUCAUGUGGACGGUGCCUUUGGAAUCUUCGCCCGUACUCUUCCAGAGGAUUCCGAGUAUGGUGUCGUCAGGAAAGGAUGUGAAGGGGUCGAACUUGCGGAUUCACUUGCUGGAGACGGCCAUAAGAUGCUUAAUGUUCCAUACGAUUGCGGGUUUUUCUUCUGCCGGCAUCAGAACGAGGCAAUGAGUGUGUUCCAAAAUGCUAACGCGGCCUAUUUGACUGGAGGUAGCACUCAGGCCCAGUCAAUCCCUUCCCCAUUGAACAUCGGCCUCGAGAAUUCACGAAGGUUUCGUGCUCUGCCCGUCUACGCUUCCCUCAUUGCGUAUGGAAGCGCGGGUUAUCAAAAAAUGGUUCAGGAGCACAUUCGGCUGGCUAGGUUAAUUGCCGGAUGGCUGUUUGAUCACCCAAAAUACAACACAUUACCAGAUGUAGAAAGCAAGGAAGAUCUUCUUGACAAGACUUAUAUGGUCGUUUUGUUCAGUGCCAAAGACGACAACCUGAAUCGUCAGCUUGCGGCCAUGAUUGACCAGACUCGCAAGAUAUUCGUCUCAGGCACCUCUUGGCAAGGAAGGCCAGCUUGUCGAAUUGCGAUUUCAAACUGGAGAGUUCAGGCAGAAAGGGAUUUCCCUAUAGUUAAGGAAGUCCUGGAUAAUGUGGCUGGAACAGAAUGA